AUGGCUUUGAAAGGCUAUGAUGAGUACUAUGAACGACUCUCGACACUGGGCGAUGAACUCAACGGCGACAUUCGCUUUCCAAACUCCAUAAUGUUCACGUCUACCGGCGCAAUAAAUGACUGGGUCGCCAAGGGACACGAAGACUUUUUCCCUGCUGAGGUCAGGCUCAUAAUGCAACGAAAUUUGAAUGGUUCAUUUGGCUGUGAAUAUCACAGAGAUGAAAGCGGCAAGGUCGUGGCGUGUGAUUCAUGGAGCUUUUUCAAAUUGAAACGCAUAUGGAAAACUCCCAACUCAUUGAAGGUAUAUGACGAGUGGCUCCAGCUUGCCAUAUUUGUGCGAAGGAAUUGGGUAACCUCGAAGCAAUUCGUUCUCUUUCUGGACUGUCCAAAUUAUGUGAUCGAGCAGCUUCAAACAUGCUUGCCAAAAGUUCACAGGAGCGACCCCUAUGCGUGGCAUUCUUUGUUCGUCGGUGAGAUGAGGAAAAUAUAUGACCAGGCCAUUUGGGAUCUUCGAGGAGUUGUGUGGGAGGUUGAAAUGUACCAGAAGGAUCUGGAGGCAUUCCAGCCCCAGUUCAUCCUUCUGCACGACCUUUCAAGGCACAUCAGUCAUUCCAAAGAAAUACUCGAUGUGGCCUUGGACACCGUGGAUAGCAUAACCCAUCAAUACUCCCUGCUGGACGAACACCAUCCCGCUCCUGAAACAAGGCUUCGAUGGCAAUCUCGUGAUAUUGAGCAACAACUCUAUUUUGCAAUGAAAAGUCUGCGCUCAACCAAACUGAGGUGUAUUUCACUCAGCGAACGACUGCAAAACGAGAUCAACUUGGCAUUCAAUAUCGUGGCUCAAAGAGAUAACGAAGUGUCGAUUCAAAUGGCAAAACAUUCGCUGACGGAUAAUACCAUGAUGAAGACAGUAGCUAUUGUCAGUUUGGUUUACCUUCCAGGUACCUUCGUAUCAGGAAUCUUCGGCAUGAACUUCUUCGACUUUGAUGGGCUCAGUGACAAAGCUGGCAUGAGCGUUUCACGGCACUUUUGGGUAUAUUGGAUAAUCACAAUCGGAUUGACGCUUGCCACAAUCAUGAUCUGGCUGCUUUGGUUCAACGGGAAAGACAUCAAGCGCGUGUUGGGGAAAAGAAAGCGUAGAGGCCAGACGAAUGAAGGAUAG